CCUGGAGCUUGGUGGGAUAAUGGCAUGUAGAAGUGCCUGAGGUGUCCCUAGAGGCGGUGUCCGGUAAUCCUGAUUGAGAGAUUUCUGGGACGUGCAAUAGAGACGUGGUAUGGGCUAGAGGGGCCGGAGGAGGGCGGGGUGGAUAAAAUCGGUAGAUCGAGUGGCUAGAGAGGUCGGAGGUAAGUGGCUGUUGAAGUCGGGCGGACCCGGAAUACAGAGGACUCGGGACCAUGACUUAUGCGUAUCUCUUCAAGUACAUCAUCAUCGGAGACACAGGUGUGGGGAAGUCAUGUCUCCUGCUGCAGUUUACAGACAAGCGGUUCCAGCCGGUCCACGACCUCACAAUAGGUGUGGAGUUUGGAGCCCGUAUGGUCAACAUCGAUGGAAAACAGAUUAAAUUACAAAUCUGGGAUACGGCUGGGCAAGAAUCCUUCCGUUCUAUCACCCGUUCCUACUACAGGGGAGCAGCGGGAGCACUCCUGGUGUAUGACAUUACAAGGCGUGAGACCUUCAAUCAUCUGACCUCAUGGUUAGAAGACGCCCGCCAACACUCCAGUUCCAACAUGGUUAUCAUGUUAAUUGGAAAUAAAAGUGAUUUAGAGUCCCGUAGGGAUGUGAAGAGAGAGGAAGGAGAGGCCUUUGCUCGGGAGCAUGGAUUAAUAUUCAUGGAAACUUCAGCCAAAACUGCCUGCAAUGUUGAAGAGGCCUUCAUUAACACAGCCAAAGAAAUCUAUAGGAAGAUCCAGCAGGGUUUAUUUGAUGUUCACAAUGAGGCAAAUGGCAUCAAGAUUGGGCCCCAGCAGUCAAUUUCAACAUCAGUCGGACCGGGUGCCUGCCAGCGGAACUCUCGGGAUGUGGGGUCUGACUCCGGCUGCUGCUGAACAUCUGGCCCGAACUUUUUGUUUUCCCCCCUUCCUGGAACAGCGUCAGUUCAAUAGGCUUAAAGAAAGAGGUCUUACUUGCUUUGGCUGAGUACAGCCUCUCUUCAAGGUGUGAUGUUUGCCUUUCCACUUAAAGACCAGGGGAGAAUUGGGGCCCUUACUGACCUGUCCUCCUUCAGGGACGUGAGCACUCCCUAUAGAUAAGGGCUCUUUUCAUCCUCAGUUUAUAAAAUGUGAGGUUCAAAGUUGAUUGUCAUGGUAAUUCAAAAAUAACUUCAUAAGCAUACACAUUCUGCUCCCCUCUAGGAGUAAGGGUAAGUAAUAAGGGUCCAGGAUGUCCUGCUUGAACACUUGAGAUUACCAGGCUCUGGCUUGCCUUUUGAAGAUGAUC